AUGUCUACCAAUAGAGAGACUUUCGUUAACCGGCACCACUUUCUCCCUUCCUCUUUGAUUGCCUCAGACUCCCCCGCUCCUUCAUCUCCCAUAUCUUCGCCAACAUCGAUGGACGACGACGAUACAAUAUCAGUCGGGACGCCAACGCAUCCCAGCUCGUUACCCGACGAGGAGGACCUCCUCUCGGUUUUAAAUGAGGACUCCAUAUUUGACGACGAGGACGAUGAUGUGGACCGAGAUAGCGCCGUGUUACCUAGUGAUUUAGACCGCAAGGCCGUUGUUGGAUUGGACGAUGAGGACUUGAUGGAAGUGGACGAAGACGAGGAAGCUCUUCGCGCGAAGGAAGAGACAAGGAGUGAAAGCACCCGUGGGAAAUAUGAUGACGAUGAGAAGAAAAGUGCUGUUUCAGCAAAGGAAGGGAAAAAGAGUUCCGGUUCAAAGGUGAAGGCUGCGGCGAGCAAGAAACGCAAAGCCUCUGAUGACUUUGACAGUGACUCUUCCCUUGGUUCCGAGGGACCCACUCCAAGUAAGCGAAUGACUGCUAGACAGCGCGCAAUGAUUGCCCGAGACACUGGGGAGACCGAUGAACCGUCCUACGAGCUGCCCGAUGAGCGCCCUUCUAGAAGGAAAAUAUUUACAGCCGAAGAAAUUGCACUGCGAAAAUCCGAGACCGCCCGACGGCGAAAACAUCAGGCAGAUGCCAAAGCGGAGGAAGCCAAGAUUAAUACCAUACAGAAAUUACUCAGAAAACAGGCUACGAAAAAGAGAAGCAAAGAUGAGGAGCAAGGCGCAGAUGACGCCCCUAUACGCCCGACUGAGAUCCAUUAUGUCCAAACCCCUCAUUCAAGCACCCUUUCCUUCCCUUUCGCAACACUCCAGACCAAUCCCGACCUAUUAGUGCCACAUAAAGCACAUACAUAUCCACAGCCCCGAUUAUGCUCUAUAACAGGCUGUACAUUGCCGAAAAAGUAUCGGCACUCCCGUUCCGGGAAAGAUGUAUGUGGAAUGGAACAUUAUAAGAUGGUUGAGCUGGGCUGA